AUGAACCAAUUCAACAACCUCCGACUCAAAGACAAGGCCACCAGCACAUGUUGCCUGCCAGAGCUUGUUGAAACCCCAUCUGAAGAGCAUUUCAGGCUCAUUGAAUCAAGUUUUGUGUCCAUGUUUUAUGGGCUACUGGAUGUCAAGGCCAAAGAGUCACCAGUGGAGCUUGAUAUGACUGGCCCCAAGUUGCUUGAGGCACUCAGCAGCGAAGGCGACACACUUGACCUCGCCCUGCAGUCUGCAAGCAAGGCCAUGUCUCAUUUGGCCGUCAUCAUGACAAACACUCAGCCACAACCAACAAUGAAGCACAAGGCAGAUGACAUUGUCACCAUCUCAGAAAAUGAGUCUGAAGAUUCUGGCCAACCCAGGGCAGCAGCAUGCAAGCCACCCCACAAAAUCAUGUGGCAUAUGACCACUACCACUGGUGCUGAUACUCCAGAGGGGAUUUCUCCAGUCACACUAGACCACUACCUCAAACCAAGAAGCCGGCUGCCACACUGCAAAGCUCUCUCACAACGGCCAUCAGAUGCCAGUGCCAGCACUCAGUGUCAACUUCCUGCAGUUAUACCCAGCUCCACUCCCUCAAACUUAGUUUCAGUGAUUAGUCCUGCUGGUACUGCUGCUUUCGCACCCAUUCUGAGGUCCCCAGGGAUGACCCGUUCUCAACACUUCUUCACCAUUGCCACAAGAAUUGAUGCCUGCGCCAUGCAAAUCUCUGGCAAUAUUGAGUUCCACUUAUUUAUGGACAUGAGAGCUGAGUUUGUGUGGAUCUCAUUCAAGAUGAUGCCCAAACAGUGGGCUGUAGCUACUGAGACUUACAAUAACCAUCUUGAGGAGAAGAAUUAUGCUAAUGGGCUCGAAACGAGUAACUUCAAAUCUUGUUCUGGAGAAGGUACUGUCAUGCUAUUAAGCUCAUCAAGGCUGAGCCUAGGAAGAAGAUUCACAAGGCACACACGUGCUCCCACUGUGUCCAAAAACGAGCCACCUCCAUCCAGGCCACAGCCACCAGGUGUAUUCUCCAAAGGCAAGCACUUCUAUCCAUGCGCCUUCCUCGAAACCGUCAAGCAAAUCUACGAGAAAGUAUUCCUAUGGCCUUCUGGUGAAAGCCCUGCCCUCAAACAGGAGGCAUUUGCAACAAUGCUGCUGGACUGGUCAACAACACUCGAAUCAGGGACAGUGUUGUUUAAGUUGUAUGAGGAGCUGGAGAUUAAUGGAAUGACACCGGAUGUGCUACUCACUGUGCACAAUGGUGUCAAGCACCUUCACAUUGAGUAUCUGCAGGAGCACUGGACCACAUUGUAG